AUGCCACCCUCGCCCCGCCCCACCCCCGCACCGCUCCACCAGCCCGCCUCGCGCCGCCCGCCCCCACGUCGCCCGAUCACACUGCCCCAGCACAGGCUGACUGCCCCACCCUGCACCCUCACCACCCUGCCCCCGCCCCGCACCGCUUCGCCCGACCGCCUUGCCUCCCCUCGAUCGCCCGCCCCUCCGCCGCCCCGCCCCGACCAACCGCACUAUGCCACCCCGUCACCUGGUCGCGCCACCCCCGCCCCAUUCUAUUGCGCCGCCGCCCUACCGCCCGAUCACCCACCUGGCAUGACCCGGCACGACACCUCCGCCUCCUGGUCUGAUGUGGCGGGAUCCACCGUGGGAAGCUGCAGCGUGGUCAGGCGCAUUCACAUGUGGGAGGAGGCGACUGCUGCAUGGGAGGAGGAGUUCAAUAGUGUCGUGACGCUCACCGCCAUGUCGCAAUGGGAGGACGCCGCGUUCCAGCCGUGGGAGCUCGCCCUCUGUGUUUACAGCGUGAGCAUCUCCUCCUUAUUAGAAUUGGUUUUACUUCCUUUUCCCCCUCUUGAGGAAUGCCGCCACUCACCAGCUCGUUGA